AUGCGCGUCUUCUACCGCCUUGGCGCGCUCUGCAGCAGGUCCCCCGUGCUCAUGGCGCUCUCUGCGCUCGUCUGCAGCGCCGUACUGUGCCUCGGUCUGCUCAACAUGCAGCUACAGACGGAUCCGCAGGGGCUCUGGGUGCCUCCGAACAGUGUCGCGGCUCGGGAACAAACGCGCUUCGAUGAGCUUUUCGGACCUUUUUUCCGCAUCCAGCAGCUCAUUUUCUACGUUGAGAGUGACACAAAUGCCGACUCGGACUCCGAUUUGGUCCCUGCGACGUGUGACGCCAACCACGAUUUGGUCCAGCGGCGUUUCCUGUUGCAGAUGGCCAACGUGCAGAGCCAAAUCACAAACGCCGUCGUCUACAGCCAAGAUGAGGCCAAUGUGACGCUCACACUGGAGGAUUUCUGCUACCGACCCAUUAAAGGAAAAGGGUGUUUGAUCACCAGUCCAUUCCAGUACUGGCUGACCAAUUCCACUUUGCUUCAACAUGACCCGGACAUUAAGCUCACAACAGCCUGUCAGACCACAGAUCCGGUACUCAAGGAGCAUUCACCGUGCAUGGAUCAAAAUGGUGUACCAGUUAUGAGGAACGUGGUCUUUGGAGGGUUAUCGAGGGAUGAGUGUCACCAGAACCCAGACCCGUGUGGAGAAGCUACGCCUCGAGCCAAGGCUUUGAUGGUCACUUUUUUGCUGAAUAAUAACCCAGAGAACGAGACGUACACACGAUACGCUGAAUUAUGGGAGAAAGAAGUGUUUCUUAAGAUUGCGGAACAUGCAGCCGAGUCGUUGAAGCCGUCCAAAGGAAAUACUAGUGAUGAGUUUAUCUGGGACAGAGUGGAAGAUCAGGAGCUAGCAGAUGUUGGUGUCGAUGGUAUGAGACUCACGUACAUGGCGCAACGGUCGGUUGCGGACUCUUUGGUGGUGCAAACAAACCAGAACGCGUUCAUUGUGGCCGUGAGCUAUCUGGUCAUGUUCUUCUACGUCUCAGCAUCGCUGGGCAAGUUUUCCGACCCGGUACGAUCACGUUUUGGCCUUGGGUUGACAGGUAUUUUGAUAGUUCUGCUGUCUUUGGGUGCUGCUAUGGGUGUAAGCUGUGCGCUACUGCAGAUGGAGGUGACGAUGAUCACGUUGGAAGUUGUUCCGUUCUUGGUCCUUGCCAUUGGUGUGGAUAAUAUGUUUAUUUUAACCAACGAAUUUGACAGACUGGCAGCAUUGCGUGGCCUUGCAACGCUGGAUACAAGGCGAAACACACGUGAUCGGGCCGAAGACGAGUUGUUGAUGUUGAAGCAAGUUAUGGGAGAAACUAUGGUCAAUGUGGGUCCGUCGAUUGUUGUAGCAGCUGUGGCUGAAUCGUUGGCCUUCUUGGUGGGCGCGCUAACCCGCAUCCCGGCGCUUACGAGCUUCUGUGUUGUCGCUGCGUUGGCUGUCGCCGCUAACUUCAUGCUUCAGAUGACAUGGUUCGCCUCGGCACUCGUGCUGGAUGCACGUCGCGUGCGUGCUCGUCGGUAUGAUUUGUUCCCGUGGAUCAAGCAGAAAGUGAUAUUUACGCCGCCAAUGAGGGGUAAGAGAAGAGUUGAGUCGAAGGAUCACUACCAGUACGACUUACUUGUGGACGAUAGUGAUGCGGACGAGGGGAAUUUGGCGCGUCCAAGUAGCGCUGGCGUUGUUCAGCGGUUCGUGGAGAAGAAGUACAUCCCGUUCCUGUUACGCCGAUCCACGAAAGUUCUGGUGCUUGUGACUGCUCUUUCAGUACUGACACUCAGCGCUUUCGGCUCGUCAGAGUUGCCGCUAGGACUCGAGCAAGAACUUGCUGUGCCUACGGAUUUUUACCUCCACGAAUACUUCAAGAAGCAGACUGCACUGGGUGAGGCUGGACCUCCAGCUUAUGUUGUUCUGGACAGCAAUGUGGACUAUACAGAUGCGGACUUGCAGCGAGAUGUGAAUGUACUGUUAGAUGAGCUUUCUGGGCUUCGCCAGUACAUUGAUCUCCCUGUUUACUCGUGGCUACAUACGUUCAAUCAGUGGCGACAAAUGCGAUUCUUCCUUCAAGACAAGAUCGAUCAGGGACAGUGUGAUUGUCCUGUACAGCCAAUGGAUCCAUUCGCGUACGAGCUGGCAAACAUCGGGAUUGAAGAGCGAGAGGAUGUUUUCAUGGCCCCCGAGUACGGAUAUGGAGCUCUGAUGACGGCGAAUGUGACUCCCAAUGCGCUGUUUUAUCCACUAGUGAAGAACUUCACUGGCAUCUCAAUUGACUCGACUUGUUGUCAGCACUUUGGACUGUGUGGUGCGCAGUAUGAAGGCGACAUUAUCUUCAGUGAACCAAACGUUGGUGGCGACGGCAAAAUGUCCAUCAUUGGCUCUCGGAUGCGGUUCCAGCUGAAUGCUCUUCGCAACCAGUCGAUGUUUGUGAACUCGUAUUACUAUCUGCACGACGUGACAAAUCAAUGGAGUUCUGGUCGAGCUGCAACUGCAUUCCCCUACGCUCUUGUCUUCGUGUUCGAAGAACAGUACACUUACAUCCAGGGCGUGGCGUUGCAGAGUGUGCUACUGGCACUGGCUGUUGUGUUUGGAGCAGUGUUCGUGCUCAUGGACGGAAGCUUGCGAUUGACUACCGUGGUUACUCUGUGUGUGUUAUCGAUGGCUUUCUCCCAAUUGGGCUUCCUUUUCGUCUGGAAUCUACUUGCUGGACCGGGUGCUGAGACGUCUAUCAACGCUGUAUCGGUAGUGAACCUGCUUGCGUGUAUCGGACUUGGAGUUGAGUUCUGCGUGCACAUGGCUCACCAGUUUUCUUUCUCGAGGAGGCAUCAUCUUGGAACAACUGGCAACGACCACACUCGCUACGCUCUGACCAGUGUUGGUGCGUCAGUUUUCUCAGGUAUCACACUCACCAAGUUCUGCGGCAUUGGAGUGCUAGCGUUUGCACCGUCCAUGCUGUUCCGCGUGUAUUUCUUCCGGAUGUACUUUGGCAUUGUCGUGCUGGGUUGCUUCCACGGUCUUGUAUUGCUACCGGUUCUUCUUAGUAUAAUUGGUCAGCCUCAGAAGUACCCGAAUGAUCUCAGCUCAUUCCUGCUCUCAGAAGAACGCGAUGACGAGCUCGAGGACGAACUUAGUGCAUUCAAGUAG